AAAUAGGAUGGGUUUUCAGGUGUCCAGUAUCCUCUCUGACUUCUGAAUCUUCUGCUCAUACCUCCUUAAGCAGGUUCCUUCAUCUUUGCUAAAAUGGCUGAACUCCUGAACAGCAUACUCACCGUGAUCGAGGUGUUCCAGAAAUAUGCCAAAGGGAAAGGGGACUGUACCUCACUGUGCAAGAAGGAGUUGAAGCAAUUGCUCUUGGCUGAGUUUGGAGACAUCCUCCGGAGACCAAGUGACCCAGAGACUGUGGAAACCAUCCUGAGCCUCUUGGAUAAAGACAGAAAUGGACAUGUGGAUUUUCAUGAAUAUCUCCUAUUGGUGUUCCAACUGGCCCAAGCCUGCUAUCACAAGCUGGAUAAAGAGUUAUGCAGAGAUAGAACCUCCCAGCAAGAAGGGGAGCAUGAGGGAAAACAAGACCAUAAGUUUCCAGGAAAUACUGAGAGACAACACAGGCAGAGGCAGGAGGGAGAAAGGCAGGAUUACCACCGUAAUCAAUCUGAGAGACAAAACCAGGACAACUACCAGGAUCAGUCUGGGAGGCAAGAUAGGGGCUCCAGCUCUGGUCAGUCUGAGAGGCAAGACAGGGACUCCCACUACGGUCAGUCUGAGAGACAAGACAGGGACUCCCACUGUGGUCAGUCUGAGAGACAAGACAGGGACUCCCACUACGGUCAGUCUGGGAGACAAGACAGGGACUCCCACUACAGUCAGUCUGAGAGACAAGAUAGGGACUCCCACUAUGGUCAGUCUGGGAGACAAGACAGGGACUCUUGCUAUGGUCAGUCUCAGAGACAAGACAGGGACUCCCAUUACGGUCAGUCUGGGAGACAGACAGGGACUCUUGCUAUGGUCAGUCUCAGAGACAAGGUCAGGACUCCAGCUCUGAUAAAAAAACUGAGUCAUACAUUUGGCAGUGGCAAGCCUAAAAGACAAGGAUAUGUCUUUGCCUUAAAUCAGUGUGAGAAACAACUUCAGGAUUCUCAUUAUGGCCAAUCUGAUAAGCUUGGGCAACAGUCAAGCUGUGGCCAGUCUGGAAGACUGGGAGAGGACUCCUCCAGCCACACAAACCAACAGGAAUCAGGCUCUUAUUAUGAGCAAUCUGAGAGGCUGGGUCAGGAAUCAGGCUAUGGUAGGAGAAAUAGGCAAGAACUGGGUUCUCAUUAUGGCCAGACAGACAGACAAGGCCAGAGUUCUCACUAUGGUCAGUCAGACAGAGAAAGCCAGAGCUCUCACUUUGGCCAGACAGAGAGACAAGGCCAGAGCUCUCACUUUGGCCAGACAGAGAGACAAGGCCAGAGCUCCUGCUAUGGCCAGACAGACAGACAAAGCCAGGGUUCCCACUAUGGCCAGACAGAUAGACAAGGCCAGAGUUCUCACUACAGUCAGACAGAUAGACAAGGCCUGAGUUCUCAAUAUGGCCAGACAGAGAGACAAGGCCAGGGUUCCCACUAUGGCCAGAUAGACAGACAAAGUCAAGGUUCCCACUAUGGCCAGACAGAUAGACAAGGUCAGAGUUCUCACUAUGGUCAGACAGACAGUCAAGGCCAGGGUUCCCACUAUGGCCAGAUAGACAGACAGAGCCAGAGCUCUCAUUAUGGCCAGACAGAUAGACAAGGUCAGAGUUCUCACUAUGGUCAGACAGACAGUCAAGGCCAGGGUUCCCACUAUGGCCAGAUAGACAGACAGAGCCAGAGCUCUCAUUAUGGCCAGACAGAGAGACAAGGUCGGAGUUCUCACUAUGGUCAGACAGAGAGACAAGGCCUGAGCUCUCAACACAGUCAGUCAGAGACUGGGGAAACUGGGCAAAAUAGGUGCUUCCAAGGGAACGAGGGAACAAGCAGAGACUCAGAUGUUGAGCAGUCAGGAAGGUCAGGGAGACCAAGUCAACAGACUCAAGGACAGAAAGUGAACCAAAAUCAGAGGCAGAGAUUCCAGCCUAGAGAAGGGCAGCAGGACAGCCACCAGGCAUGGGAGCCCAAGGAAGAUAGCCAGCACCACCAACACAAACUAGUAGCACAAAUCCAGCAAGAAAGGCCACUCUGUCACACAGGGAGAGAAUGGCAAUCACAUAGUAGUGGGCAGGGCCAUGGACAGGCCCAGACCAGGCAGAGUCAUAGUGAGGGGCAGAGCCACCAGGCAGAGGAAGAGCAGGGCCACCAAAGCUGGGGCAGACAUGGCCGUGAGGGUCAGGAAACUCCAUGUGACACCUGGGACAGGCCAACCCAUGAAGAGGAACAAAGCCAUCAGACAAGGGACAGGCCAACCCAUGAAGAUGAGCAGACCUGUCAGAGACGAGACAAGCAAACCCAUGAAGAUGAGCAGACCCGUCAGAGACGAGACAAGCAAACCCAUGAAGAUGAGCAGACCCGUCAGAGACGAGACAAGCAAACCCAUGAAGAGGAUCAAAACUGUCGGCAACGACAGGAUAGGCAACCCAUGAGGAUAAAGAGAGGUAUCAAGGGUCCCAGGAUCAACAAUCCCAUAGGACCCAGCAAGGCCGUGCUAACAGAGAAAAAUUCCACAUGAAUGAGGAAGGCCAGAGUCGAGGUUCCCAGGGAAGACACAGUGACCUGGCCUUCCAUCCAACCCAGAGCACUGAGAGACCCCAAAGAAGAGAACAAGGUAGAAGCCACCCUACCAAGGCAACUCUUUCUCCCAACCCCUUCUACGAAUAUGUACUAGAGCAGAGACAGGGUCAGCACUAGGCUGCACGUGCAUGAGAGUCAGAGCAACAAGAAGCCAAGGAAGAAAUCUACGUGUCAAGUUCAUCCUUACUUCUGUUUUAGAGAUUGAAAAUGUAUGUUUUAAAUCUCUCCUCUACUCUAUCUAUCUGCAAAAAUGUUUGGGGGACUUAUAUGCACUUUCAGGGCAUUUCAGCUCUCUGAGCAGCAUUUCCAGGGUGUUUGGGUUGGGUGAAAUCUGAGGGGUAAAUUGGGUAAAAUAAUCAGAUCCCAAUUUUGAUUAAUUUGGGGAUUUAAAUCAUUUCCUGGUUUUCUCUCCUGUAGGGAGACAUGAUUGUAUCACUGAAAGAUAGAAAUUUCUCCCGAAAGUUCAGAAAUAGGAAAGGUAUUCUGAAGCUAUACAUUGCAGCCUGAGGAAGGGACACCUGGAUUUUACCAAGCUCCUGUGGAUGAACCAUCAGAAAUUGCAAACCUCAUAGUCUACACUAAAAUGAAACACAAUGAGAGGCUGCUAGGAGAUGUCCACAACACCCAGCACACCCACAUUUCUACCCCUACCAGAGGGACUGGUCAGUGAGCUCCUAUCAGUAGAGCUGAAUGGACUGAUUCCAGCUUGACACCUUCCUAGUUUCUGAUCACGCAAAUCAGAGAGACAGCAUGUGUCAUCUGUUUGCAGAUUCCAAUGAGCCAACACUGUCAAUCUAUAGCUCCUGGAGCCUGAAAACCUUUCACAAGAAAAUCUAUGGAACUGUACUAAAAUACCCAAUAAAUGAUUGCUGAGCGUUAA